AUGAAGGAAACUGUAGUUGAAGCGGUUAAAGUCUCCAAGGCUGCAUCCCCAAGAAGAGUGAUGACAAGAGGGUUGUCUAUAAUGGACUUUUUCUUGAGAAUUAUUGCAGCUAUUGCAACACUAGGUAGCGCAGUUGCCAUGGGAACAACUAAUGAGAGCCUUCCAUUUGCUACAGCGUUUGUAAAAUUCAGUGCUGAAUUUGAUGAUCUUCCUACAUUUGCGUUUUUUGUGACGGCCAACUCUAUUGUUUGUGGCUAUCUAGUGCUUUCACUUGUCCUAUCUUUCUUCCACAUAGUCAGGAGCACUGCGGUAAAAAGUCGAAUUCUACUGCUUAUUCUUGACACGGUAAUGCUGGGUCUCCUCACAGCAGCAGCCUCUGCAGCAGCAGCCAUUGUAUACAUAGCACACUAUGGAAACUCCAAUGCAAAUUGGUUUCCUAUCUGCCAACAAUACAACAAUUUCUGUGAACGUAUUUCAGGUUCUCUGAUUGGCUCUUUUGUUGCUGUUGUUCUGUUCAUAAUACUAAUCCUCCUAUCAGCAGUGGCAAUCUCUCGAAACUGA